AUGAACAGCGCAGGCCCCCACGUUAGUAGGGAGUUCUUCGACCUCAUCAAGUUCAUUGGAGAGGCGAGAUCCAAGCAGGAGGAGGAUAGAAUUAUAUCAAAUGAAAUUGUUGUCUUAAAACAACGAAUGAAUCAACCGCGGGUCUCCACAAGAAAGAUGCAAGAAUUAGUUAUACGUAGUAUAUAUAUUGAACUUCUUGGUCAUAGUGCAUCUUUUGCACAUAUUCAUGCUGUUAAUCUUGCUAAUCAGACCCCAGCUAAGGCUAAAUGGAUAGGAUACUUAGCCUGCAAUUUAUUUUUACAUAAAGACCACGAGUUAAUGCUUCUUCUUGUCAAUACUAUUCAAAAGGAUUUACGUUCUCCGAACGUAUUAUACGUGCAUGCAGCCCUACAAUGUGUAUGCCGUUUAUUAACAAUAGAGAUGCUGCCUGGUGUAGCAGCAGCAGCAGCAGAUCUGCUGCAGCAUCCAGCAGCAGCAAUACGAUUUACUAUAGAUUUUAAGGGUUUUAAGGGUUUAGGAUAUGAAAAUGUGUGUAUUUGUAAACUGCAGAUGAAUAUAUUAUCUGUAUUAUCUACAUUAGCAGCAGGAGAUAAAGAAGUAUCUAAUGAGGUGUAUCUAGUGUUUGAGGAAACCCUACGUCGUGCAGACUGCAGCGCGAAUGUAGGGUUUGCAUUAGUGUUUUCGGGUGUAUGCGCAGCAGCAAAUAUAUACCCUAAUGAGCGUUUAUUAGCAGCAGCAGCAGCAGCAACAUCUAAAUUUUUAUUAUGUAAGGUAGGGGGAGUUGGUGCUUCCUUAGGGGCCCCUGGAUUAACUGCUGCAUUAGCAGCAAAUAACAGCAGCAGCAGCAGCAGCAGCAGCAGCAUGGGCAGCAACAUCAGCAGCAGCGGCAGUGGCAGCAGCAGCAUCAGCAGCACAGCAGCAGCAGCAAGAGCAGCACAAUCACUUAUGCAGCUUGUUGUUGAGGGAAGCGAUGGAUCACCAGAAGAAGAUCGAGGGUUUAGGGUUUACACAGUUAAUGCAUUAGUGCUGCUGCUGCAGCAAAAGAAACUCCUACCCGAUAUCCUUAUACAGGUGGCUAGCUGGGUAUUAGGGGAGUAUGGCUCCUUAUGUACUGUGCCUGGCUAUUCACAUCGUGAGGUAUUGGCUCUGUUAAGGGAGGCAUGGAACAGGGAGGUCUUCCCCUUCGAUGCAGCGAACGAAGAUAUCUCCGAUGAUGCGCUGCUCAACUUAGGCGGGGCCUAUGCACGUGCAGCCGUUGCAGCAGGAGCACCUGCAUAUGUCCCGCGUAGAGAGCGGGAAGCCGCAGCAGCAGCAGCUGCAGCUGCUGCUGCUGCUGCUGCUGCUGUUACUUCGCCAGACGGAUCUGUGGAGGCAGCAGCAGACGUCUCGCAGCAGCACCCAUCAAACCCCGUUGGUGCAUUGAACUUUACUCCCUACGCACCCCCUACACCGCCUCACCAGCAGCAGCAGCAGCACCAUCAGCAGCAGCAGCAGCAGCAAACGGCAGGAGAUAUGACUACCUCCAGCACGGGCCUCAAAGUGUUUGGGCCUCGUCGUUGGGGUCCAUCGGGCUUUAUGGGGUCAACAAAUGGAGCGGAGGCUGCUGCUGCUGCUGCACCUGCUGGCAGCAGCAGCAGCAGCUGGCAGCCGCAUGCAGCAAUUGAUGCUGUGUCUGCAAUUAAUCUGCCGGCGCAGCCAAAGUACAGCCACCAUCAGCAGCAGCAGCAGCAGCAGCAGCAGCAGCAGCGCGAGCUAACAGAGAGGGAGCGAAUGGCUGCUGCUCUCUUUGGUGGUCUUGGUGGAGACCCAGCAGCAGCAACACCAGCAACUGCAACUGCAGCAGCAACAGCAGCAGCAGCAGCAGCACCAGCUUUUCCUGCUGGUAUAACGACAGUCAGCAACGCCACCACUCCCCGAGCAGCAGUAGCACUUCCUGGGUCAGCAGCAGCAGCAGCAGCAGCAGCAGCUGCUGCUGCUGCUGCUGCUGCUGUGCCUGCUUCCUCAGUAACGCACACGUCUACACCUGCUGUAGACUUGUUAGACCUUGAUAACAGCAGCAGCAGCAACAGCAGCAGCAGCAACAACGUCAGCAGCAGCAGCAGCAGCAGCGGGGUUGAUGACCUCGUCAUGGAUGUUCUCUCGCUAAGUCUGCAGCAGCAGCAGCAGCAGCAACAGCAGCAACAGCUGCUGGAGCCACUCCCACUGACUACAGACCAGAAAACCCUUGGGGUUUGUAUAGUUGAGGUUAUAGGGGAGGAAGCAAUAGCAGCAGGAAGAGCAGCAGAAGGUGCAGUGUAUAUACACCUAAGGAUGGAUGCUCCUGUUGCUGCAGUACAAUACAGAAUUAAGGCAGCAACUCAGAGUCUAGCUGAUCGGAUCGCAGCAGCAUGCAACGCUCUUUGA